AUGAAGGAAUUCGAGUACGGCGAGAUCGAAUCUGGGACGGGGGGCUUCGCGGCGGGUAUGGUGAUCGGGAAGGGAAGCCACGGCCGUGUCUACAGUGGCGUCCUCAGGGGAGGGCGGCGUGUGGCGGUGAAGGUGCCGCCCCCGGGAGACGGCGGGACCAAACUGAACAACGAGAUCGAGGUGCUGGCGUCCGUUCGCGGUCCCCACCUGGUCAACCUGGUCGGCGUCAGCCGCAGCCCCGCCCACGGCUGCAAGCUCCUGGUCAUGGAGUUCAUGCCCAACGGCUCCCUCUACGGCCUCCUCCACGCGGCGGCGGCGCCACCGCCGUGGCGCCGGCGGGCGCUGGUGGCGCUGCAGAUCGCGACCGCCGUGCGGUCGUUGCACGAGGCCACGCCGCCUGUCAUACACCGCGACGUCAAGUCCGGGAACAUCCUGUUCGACGCCGCAUGGAACGCCCGGCUGGCUGAUUUCAGCCUCGCCGUGCGAUGGGCGCCGUGCGCCGCUGGUGCCGUGGGAGCGCAGCCGGCAGGCACCAUCGGCUACAUGGACCCCUGCUACACGGGGCCGGGGAAGCUGGGGCCAGAGAACGACGUCUUCAGCUUCGGCGUGGUGCUGCUCGAGCUGAUCAGCUGCAGGCUGGCGAUGGACGCCGCCUGCGGGCUCACCUCCAUCGUCGCGUGGGCGCUCCCGCUGAUCAGGGACGGCCGGUUGCUGGAGAUCUGCGACUCGAGGGUGCCGCUGUCGCACAACAUGGAGCGAGCUGUCGGCCGCCUGCUCGGGAUAGCCGCCCGCUGCGUGUCCUCGGACCAGGACGGGAGGCCCUCCAUGGCGGAGGUCGUAGCCGAGCUCCAGGGCGUGGUCGAGCGGGCUCUCUGCCCCGGUCGGCGCCUCCUGCGGCUCCUCCUCUCCGGGAGGAUGAGGACAAAGAAGAUCAUGUGCAGGAAUCACCAGGUCGACGCAGAGUGCGAGAAGUUACCCAUUGCCGGUUCUUCCGCUGAUCCGAUCCCCGUCGAACCGGGCCGGGGAUAA